AUGGUCUCCUUCACCACCCUCUUCUCCGCCAGCCUUGGCCUCAUUGCUCUUGCCAACCCCGUUGCCGCCCUCUGCAAGCCCGCUAUCGGCAUCCAGGUCUUCAGGGACGACUGGGCUUACACCAUCCCCUGCGGCAGAAACGAUUGUAACGCCCCCGAAACCACCAUCACCAUCUACCACAAUGACCGCACGACCACCAGCAAGACAUUCCCUGGUUCGAUAUCCUUUGGCUUCAAGGAGUCCCCCCAGGCCCAAGUGUACGAGUGGGACUUUUACGGCAAAUACCGCGAUGACCCCGGCCUGGGAUUCCACGUUUAUGGCACCAGAUGUCCAACCUUGCCUAGCAACCAGGGCUUUGGAUGCUUCGAACAGGCUUUGAAGAUCGAGAGAGGAUACCUUCCCAAGGCUACCUGGGCCAAGUUCAAGUGUGGCACGACCUGGUAA